AUGCAAAAGGAGAAGAUCAAGUGGAGACACAUGUUGAAGGUAAUACUUGAUGUCAUUCUACAUUGCAUAAAACAUAAUCAUGCGCUGAGAGGCACUUCUGAAAUUAUCGGUCAUUCAAAUUGUGGAAAAUUUUUAAACACAAUUCAACUGAUUAGCCACUAUGACAAUAUCAUUAAAGAUCACAUUGAGGCUCACAAUAAAGGUCAGUUGACCUAUUUUGCCCCUCCCAUACAAAACGAGUUAAUGAGUCUGGUAGCUACAGAAGUAAAGAGGCAUAUUAUUAAGAAUAUCAAGACUGUAAAAUAUGUUUCAAUAUUAUUUGACUAUACUACAGAAGUCUCUCAUCAGGAACAAUUAGUUCAAAUAAUACGUUACGUUAAUAUUGACUCUAACAGGAAGCGUCAUGUUGAAGAGAGUUUUACUGAUUUCAUCAAUACCCACGAGAAAACUGGCGAAGGGCUUGCAAAAUUAAUGGAGGAAAAACUGAUUGCUGACAAAUUGGAUACAACUAAUAUCAGAGGGCAAUCAUACGAUAAUUGCGCUAAUAUGGCUGGUAAGUAA